CUUUUUUUUUACACAGCAGUACAGUACGGAACAAGUUCAAGAAUGAUUGUUUAUAAAUGGCUGCAAACAAUGGGAUCGAAAAUUUAGAUCCAAAUCUAGAUCUGAUCGACCACCUAGAUUUAUAUUAAUACGUAACCCUAUGCCCUAUUCUUAGUUAAAUCGAUUGAUUCAACAAGCUGUUGUAGACAAAUAAAUAGAUUUUUAAUCUAGUUACUAGAGAUCUAGUCUAGUUUUACUAAAAAUAAAGUAAAGCCAGUAAUGAGUAAAUUGACGUAUUGAGUGUAAAUACUGUGUAAAUAAUAAAAAAGAAAAGGCUUUACUGUUUUACUUUUAAUAAAGGUGAAAGGAAAAUUGUGGAGACAUGCGGCUAACCCGUACAUUUCUUCAAAGUCUAAGCAUAGAUUCUACUAUGGCCUAUGAACUGUAUGAUUUGAAUGAUAGUCCCAAAGCUGUUAGUCCAAAUGUCUUAAGAGGAAUAAGAAUUGCUCUGUUAAGCUUCUUGGCAAUAGUUUUGAUAGGUGCUAUAAGCAUCUUAGGUAUUGGACUAUGGACGCUGGAGGCUGAGUAUGGUAAUCAACAGGUGUCGGAGCUAAUAAAUGCUCAGAUCUAUAAAGCAGAUUCCUAUUUAAUGAUUAUUGGAGGAAGUGCUAUUAUAGCUAUCAGUGUUGUUGGUUUUCUAGGUGUUUUCAAGGACUACAGAUGUUUACUUGGAUUGCAUAUUGGGCUUUUGUCAUUCUUAUCAAUAAUGUUGUUUGUAGCUGGAGUCUUGGGUUAUGUACUAGUGGGUGAGCUUGAAGAUAAAGUAAAGGAUAAAAUGGAAGAUGUGCUGACAAAAAACUAUGGCGUUGACAUUUAUCAAAGUGCUAGAAACCGUAUCAUAACUGAGGCAUGGGACACAGUACAACAAGGGUUUGAAUGUUGUGGUGUCAAAGGGGAUCAAGACUCUUUAGACUCCUGGUACAUUUACCAGAGAACUGCUUGGUACUCUCAAGGUUUAAACAAUGGCAGCUAUGUACCAGAGAGUUGCUGUAAAGGAACUGAGAAUAUUUUACAGUGCACUGGCAUUAUACCAUCCCCAGGCAGUCCCCCUAGAGUAAAGCCUCCAAUCAAAGAUAACUCCUAUCUCAAGAAUUACACACUUUUCACAACCGGCUGUUUUAAUGUUCUUCAUCCUUACCUACAUCGAACUGGAAUCACUAUUGGAACCACAGCCAUAGUUGUUGGAGUUUUUAUGAUUGUUGAAUUGGUUUUGUCCAUCUGCUUUUAUAGGACUCUGCCAGAAAAGUCAUAACUGAAUGAUUUUCCUCUCUUCAUUUCAUCUGAAUUCAACUGGUGAUGGUACAAAAAGUUGCUUACAUUUUUUUAUUGUCAGCCGAAACCUCUAGAGUUAUAAAUUAUUUUUACCACCCUUUUGGUCACAUGGUAUUUAUAAAAUUUAAUGGUAAUGUUCAAACUGCUCAUUUCUAUUUCAAUUUGUUGUGCACUUAUUAUUUUUGAUGAUGUUUUUUAUGUAAAUUUGUUACUUUCAUGAUGACCCUACCUGACACAAGUAUUAUUUGAAUGUGUAUAUUUCUUUUAUAAGUCUUUUUUUUUAAGUCUGUAUUGAUUUUUGUCUCAGCCAUUAGAUUUUAGAUGUUUCUUUUACCAACAAAAUAUUCAAGAUUGCGGUAAUGACAUUCCUGUUUUUUUGUUGUUUUUUGUUUUUUUAUUUGUUCUCAUUAUAUUGAAUUAACUUACAGUAGCCACUUGAUUGUUUGCUUGUAAGAAUGUUUUAUUGAACUGUUUGUGAAAAAUUGAGUGUAUAGUUACAACUCUUAGAGGGACAAUACCUUUAAAUCAUUUUAUGGCAAAACAGUUUUUAUUUAUUUAUUUAGCCAGUACUUCAAUCCACAGUUUUAUACUUAGGCUUACUUAUAUAUAAAUAUAUGUAUGUAUUUAGAAAGAUCACUGUUAGUGUACAUAUAUGUGUGUAAAUAUAUUCAACACAUACUUGAUGCACUCUAUGCUAAGUUCAAGUGUGUAUGGAUUUCUUAUGUUUUGUUGACAAUGUUAUGUCAGGAGUUUAGUUGAACAUUUGUAUUUAUUGACUUGAUUUAUUCUAAUACAGGUCAUAGAUUAUCUACUGCUAAACAAACUCAGAAUGAAAACUUUAACUCUUUAAAUUCAGAGUUGUUUUCCACAUUUUAUCAGAAUUAUUCACUUAGUCCAUUUGUAGUGCUUUUAAAGUUAAACCUGCAGAAGUAUUCUGUUUCAGGUCAGAAAAAAAUGUAUAAUUUAUUAUGGAAGAUAAGUUAACACAUGGUCUUAUUUGAUAACUCACCCACUACAGACAAAAUGUUUAUUCCAAUGUAGAAAAUUUACAAGUAUUUAUGAUCCAGAUUAAAAAAAAAAAAAUUUUGUAUGAUCUGUACACUUGCUGGAUAGCAUUAUCCCAUAUCACCAUAAUGAAAAUACAAAAUUUAAAGCAACUCAAAACAUUUAGAGAUAGAGUAUGAAACAAAUGAGUACUAAAACAUUCAUGAUAGGAGCAGUUUUUUCAACAGAAAACAUGAUAUUAAAUUCAAAAUGAGAGCAUCAUUCCGAAGACAAAGUACUUUUUUUUUUAAAUAAUUUUCAUAUCGUUACCAGUAUGUUCAAAAUGGUAACUGAAGCUUUAUAUAUCAAUUAUAGUUUAUGAGUAUUAUUUUUAAAAGCAGUUUUGUAACUAAUUUAUUAUACAAUACAUUGGGUUGUUUAUAUCUCUUCCAGACUGCCCAAAGAUGAUUUAAUUAUUGAAAAUGCGAAAUUGACCAUGAAUCCUUGAUAUAAAACAGACAUUGUUAUAACAAUGUCAACCAAAUGAAAUUAACAUUUUGAUACUUACACAAAUUAUUUCCUGUCUACCUUUAUUAUAAAAUGAAGGCAGUAUGUGAAAAAGAUUUUUAAAAUGUUUAAACUCUAUAAUGAAAGAAUGUUGAUUGGUAUUGAAUUUAAUGCAAUGAAAAUAUUAAUGUAAUAAAAAAUGUUCUAUACAUCUUGAUGACCCUGUGAUAUAAUAGUGUUGGUUGAUAGAGAAACAGAACUUGUGCAUAUAUUGAUCUAUGUAACACAAACAAUGAUGUGAUAAAAGUGACAAUGAUAUUUUUGAAAUAGCUCAUUUGAUAUUGUCAAAUCUGCUCAUACUGUGCAGGAAUAUUGUGUUGAUCUCAAGUUCAUUCUUCUUUGAUUAGUUUUGCUUUGUCAAUUUACUGCUGUGUGUUGUAUUAUUUAAUUUAUUUGUAGUGCUUCUGAUUUUUUUUGGUUUGCAAAAUAUACAUUAUAAAAGGCUUUAUUGACUUACUGUAUUCGCUCAAUGGAUGAAGUUUUGAUUUUUUUGACUAUUUUUAAAUAGUAUUUUAAAUAUUUAUAGAAUUCAAAUUUUUUUAAACCUUUUUUAAUAUUUGUUUCAAUUGAAAGUUGAAUAGAUAUAAUAUGUUUCGAAAUAGUAGUUUUGAGAAUUGAAGAGGGUAUUUUUAAGGGUAAAUUUGACUUUGUAAACGUUUUAGGUAAAGAGUUAGUAAAAAAAUUUCUUUAUGCUGUUUUCUGUAAGUAAACCAAGUCAGAAUAGUACACGUCUAAAGAAUAUUAAGGUACAACAUAAUUUGUUGACUUUUAGUGUAAGGAGACAAGUUUCCAUAUAUUUAUGCUCUAUACUUCUCUUAAAGGCUCUAACAUUUACUUCACAGCAAUUGUUUUGUAACCUGUCGUUGGAACACAAUAUAAUAGUACAAAGAUUUUUUAUACCUGUAUAUCUUUACAUUCAAUUGUGUAUUUACAGUAAUGAAUUUUUCUGAAAGUUACUUUUAAUACAGACGGUAAUGACUGAAAUGCCAUGGCUUUGCUGAAUGAUCCAUGUAUAGAACUUGUUUGACCAUAUUUAAAUAGCUGGCCUGUGCAACAUUUGUUUAUGCAAAUAUUUUAUUCAUCUUUAAAAGGUCACUUUUACCUUAGGUUGUGAAACACAUUAAACUCUAAAGAAAAGAAA